AUGGCGCAAUAUGGCAAAGUUACGUACUGGGACGAACGCUACACCAAGGAUGCGGAGCAAUUUGAUUGGUACCAGCGAUAUGGUGGCUUGAAAGAUCUUCUAAAUCAGUAUGUCAAGAAAACAGACAACAUUUUAAUGGCGGGUGCUGGCAAUUCAAGGCUUUCGGAAGAAAUGGUGAGUGAUGGCUACCAAAAGCUUAUGAACGUGGAUGUGUCGGAGGUCGUGAUUAAGCAGAUGACGACUAAGUACGAAGAUCGUGCAGAGCAAAUGCAAUGGCAGAAGAUGAAUAUGUGCUCAUUAGAAUUUGCGGACAAAACAUACGAUGCGGUAGUGGACAAAGGUACAAUGGACUCGAUCUUGUGUGGUGAAGGAUCAACGGCCAAUGUGGCCAAAAUGUGCCAAGAAAUUUACCGUGUUCUCAAGCCUAAUGGUGUAUACUUUGUCGUGUCGUACGGUGUGCCGGAUAACCGAUUGAGUUAUCUUGAAAACAAAGAUUUGCAGUGGAAAGUGGCGGUGCACACAGUGCCCAAGCCCACAGUCAGUGCCGUGCAAGUCUCGGAGUCAGAUGCUAAUGCUGUGCACUACAUUUAUGGAGUUGAAAUUCAUUUCGGCUGGGUCAGUCAGGAGCGGGGACGGAAUGGUGAGACCAUCGGCAAAAGAGUUGAUGGCGACGAGCCAAAAAGUAAGCUCUCAUCAGCCCUUAAACAACCACGAAUUGAAAUCUGGUACUGCAGUAUGAUUGGAUGCCUUGAGCAAUGUUUCCACGUUAGAUUAUCCAGCUUCUCAAAGCAAGCUCUUGAUGAGGGAAUACGGAUGGUGAUCAAAGUUGUCGCGCAUUCCGUGGCGAAUGAUCUAGAAGUAUCAUAA